AUGUCAAAAAUGGCGGCCAAGUCAAAGAAGCGGCUGUCUAAAAUAGAAAAUAAAUUAUUAAAAUUAGAAAAAUUAGAACUUAGCGAUGUUAUUUGUUCAAUUUGUCAGUCAAUUUUAAUAGAACCAGUAACUCUACCAUGCAAUCAUGAUUUUUGUCAAAGUUGUUUUAAUAGAAGUAUUGAAAAUAAUGCUUUGUGUUGUCCUCUAUGUCGACUACGAAUAGGUUCUUGGUUACGAACAGCGACAAAACAAAAGAAUUUAGUAAACAGUCAGCUUUGGAAUUUUAUGAAAAACAAAUUUAUUGAGCAGAUUGAUAAAAAAUUGAAAGGGGAGGAUGUUAAUAUAUCACCAGAAACAAUAUUACCUAGAAUAUGUGAACCAGGAGAAAUCCGAUCUGAAUAUGAAGCUGAGCUUAAAAGGUUGAGAGUAGAGCGCUUGCGGCUUGAACAACAGGAAUUUAACAAAACAGAGCUACUCAUCAAAAAACUUAAGGAAGAAGAAGAAGAAGCCCACAAGAGAUAUUUAGAGAACAUAAAACAAGAUGAAAUUCUGGCCAAAAAGUUGCAGCAAGAAAAUUCAAAGACCCCGACAGUGUAUAAAUCUCCAAACCAUAGAACAAUAACAGUUUCCUUAACUAAACCUCGCUUAAGACCAACAACCAUAGAUAGUUAUUUAAAGAAAUCAACAGUACAAGCGACUAUUGUUAAUAACAGCCCACAUUUGACUGAUGAUAAUACUAGUACAAAUAUAUCAACACCAAUAGGAUCAAACAAAUCAAACAACAGGCUUUCGCCUGAAAUGCUUCCAAGCUAUGGGAAACUUUUAAAAAAUUUCUUAGAUAAAAAGCUUAAAAGUGAAACUAAAAUGUGGAACAAAGAAAAUGGCAAAAGCCUUCAAGAUGAGAAAAAAGAACAACAGGCUGUUGACAAAAGCCAAGAUACUACUGAUGAAAAAAAUGUGGUAAAGACAAAAAUUGGCAUACAAUCAUUACUUGUCUCAUUGCCACUUCCCCAUUCAGGGAUAUUGCAUAAAACGAGUAUGCCAGAAACUCGUAACAUUGAAACGAGUAGUGUGGAUUCAAUGCAACAGGAGCUAUGCUACUUUAAACCGAUAGAGGGAACAACACCUACUAGUUUUAAAACAAUAAAGGGUCUACCAUUGCGAGUACCAUGUAUACGCGUGGUCAAAGAUAUUGAUAUGCCCCUGAAUGAAGCUCCACCAAGCCGUGAUCAGUAUAUUGAUGGAUUAUGUCAACUUAGGAACUUGUCGUUGGCUCAAAACAUGCCUUCUGCUUUUGUUAUCGUGCUUGGUUUACUCAAAGCUAAAAAGCAUAGUUUGAAAAAAUGCUCUACUUACACAAGGUCGAGGGGUAAAAAAAGUUCUUCUAUAAACUUAAAUCACCACGAACUAACUCUACCUUCCAAAGGGCCGAACAAGAGUAAAGGAUUAGAAGUCGAUGGUAUUAUAAAACUUGACGAUAACAUGUCGACUCUUAGACGAACCAGAUCAAUGGGAAGCAUUUCUAAGGAUGACAAUGAAGUAACGCCUAAGAAAAAAAUUAGAGAGAGAAAAUUUAAUUCAGAUAGAAAACCAUAUUUAAGGAGCGAUUCUAAAAGAAUGCAUCUUAAAAUUGAUUCCUAUAGUCCACCGUCUAUGAACGAAUCGAUAAAUAAUAAUAAGGUCGAUUUAGCUGUAAAAAAUUUAUCUAGUCCGUUAGAAAAUUGUGAUGUCAAAAGCAUUUUACGAGAACAGCUUCGAAUUGAGGAAAUUAUUGAGCAAGAAAAAAAUGACUUCGAACUGGCUCUGAAGAUCGACGCCGAGUGGAACGGCCGCCGGCAGCCGCGCCGCCUCGCCGCCAAGCGCCGCCAGCCGCCCGCGCACGCGCUGCGCCCGCCCAAGAAACUCAAAGUGUAGGGCACACAUUCUACCUCAGUAAAGGUUAUGUUCUUUUUCUUAUUUUAAAUUUUAUUUCAAAUAAAAAUCGUGCCAAUGAGAUACAUUACUGAAGAUUAGAGAAUUACAUAAUUAUCGUACUGCCAUUAUAUUUUAAAAUGUACUUAAAAUUAUUGGAAUUUAUGAAAGUAAUCUAAAUAAUACAUAAGACGUAGAACCAUUUCAUGUAAUACAGGGUAUGUAUAUUAAAAUUUGUUAUAUAACCUGAUAUGCACAAUUAGUAGUGGAGUUUUACUCUUAAUCUUAUUAGCAUGGUUUUUAUAAUUGCAAUUUUAAUUCUAUAUUUUACCUUUAAUUAAAGAAGUGAAUAAGUAAAUUUUUAAGUAUAGUGAUUGAUUUUAAAUAAUUUAUUCUCAACAGCAAAUUA